AUGCAAACUGCCAAAGACGCCAUGACCUACGUCCAAGAAAAGGCCUCUGAGCUCACCAACACAGCCUCCAAGGAAGCCAACAAGGAUGUCGCGAAGGACUCGGAUGCCAGUCUCUCUUCUCGGGCUGGUGCUGCUAAAGACGCGUUGGGCGACAAGGCCAGUGAGAUGAAAGACGGCGCGUCUGCUGAAGCCCACAAGCAAAAGGCUCAGCACUAA